AUGCAUCUCCCCAAUAUGAGCCCCGUGGCUCAACCGAUCUUUGCUCGCAGCAUCACCUCUGAGUUCGAAUCCGUCAACAGCUGGGAUACGUGUAUGGCCAAGUCCUGGUGCAAAUGGCCCGUCAUCGUCGGUAUUAUUGUCGGAUCCGUCAUCGUGAUCGCAAUCCUCGCCUGCGUGAUCAACUGCAUCUGCUGCGGCUACCAAUGUUGUAAAUGCUGCUGCGGCUGUUGCUGCCCCUCCGGCCGUCGCAGAAACAAGCAACCAAAAUACUACGACGAGCCUCCCAUUCACCAACCACCUCCUCCAGCCGCGAAUCCAGUCUACCAAUCCUCGCCCGCCCCUCCUGUAUACCGCGGCGCUACACAGACCCAGCCCCAGACCGCAACCUUCGACACCCCGAAAACCGCAAAUUCGCAUGUUGACGAGGAUGCGCUUCCCGCAAUGCCCACCUGGGGCAACGCCGUGGACAAACAUGUCGAAGACGACACCCACCAUGAAGACGUGGAAAUGAAACCAUUGGACCGAAAACAGGGCGCUGGUACGCCCUUCCGCCCCGGCGGCAGCCCUGGCGGCGCGUACUCGGAUUAUACCAACGAUCACAAUGUCUCCGCUGGCGGCUAUCGAGGCUUCAACCCAACAGACCCCUACGCGCGCCGCUCCCCAGGGCCCCAAGUCGCCCUGAACCCCACAGACCCAUACGCACGCCGGUCCCCAGCUCCCCAAGCUGUAUUCAACCCGACCGAUCCCUACGCGCGCCGGUCCCCAGGCCCCCAAACAGCCUUGAACCCAACAGACCCCUACGCGCGCCGGUCCCCAGGCCCGCAAGCUGCCUACGCCGCAGCAACAGAUCCCUACGCUCGCCGGUCCCCAGCACCGAUAAACACCUUCGCUGCGGCGCAGGACCCAUACGCCCGCCGGUCCCCAGCUCUCGCCUCCCCAGUCGGCGCCCCAAGCCCAUACGACUCCCAGCCCUACCAAAGCUACGACAACUACCACGACGGCGGCAAUGCCGGCUACCACGCCGUAUCCUCGCCUUCACCCGUAGCUUACAACCCCCCACGCCCACGGCACAACCUACAACGCCGUCCCCACUGCCCUAUCCCCGGCCGCGGAUCCCCAGUACCAGCAGCAACAACCUGCCGGCUUCACCCGCCAGCCUUCCUUCGGCUCAAGCCAGUAUCCACCCACAUAUACAACCCAUCAGCCAUACCGCAGCAACACUGCUUCACCGGGUGUGGCUUCCUCGCCCCCCGCCGCCUUCAUAUGCUACCUCGCCGCAUGAGUAUGCGUCCCAUGAAUAUGGAUCCCACGAAGUGGACGGAAACCUGCGCCGAAUACUUACCGUGA